AUGGCCUCCAAACGAAAGACCGGAAAGGUUGACGAUCUCACGCCUCAGCCUGCGAGCCCCGAGCAAUUCGAGAAUGAGCUCAAGAAUCUAGCCUCGAAAGCCCAGAGGGACUCGGGAGAGUCCUGGAUCCUCAAGCAGCUCGCCCUCUAUUUCAAAACGACCACUCUGCUCAUCCUUGUGGCUACCUACUCCAACGUGUCUUACCUGACUCUUUCGCCAGUUUAUGGAUCGAUCCCAUCGUCGGUAUGGCAUUCCAAGGUCAUCAUGGGCGCAGCGUUUGCCGGAUGGUCUGGAAACAUCUGGCUCAACCGCGCACUGCCCAUCAAACCCGCCCAUCUCCUGCCCGUCAUUGCCAUGUGGAUUCCUACGAUCCAAUUCUUCCUUUUCGGCUGGAGCAACACCUUCACAGCACACUAUGGGCCUCUUGUAACUGAGUUGCUCACUUUGUUUCCCCUGGUCGCCAUAUCCGCCGCCACCGUCGCCACAAUGUUGGAGGAUGCUGAUCUCUCUUUCCUGCCCCAAUUCUUCGCUGAGGCCGGGCCAGGCAUCGCAUCGUGGCUCAUCCUCAAGCUUUUUGAGAACCUCACGGACGGUGUGAUUCAGGCAUUCAUUGGGCAGGCCUUUUUCACGACGCGAAUCGGGCUGGAGCUUCUGCUGGGCGCUGCCUAUGCCUUGUUCGCGCCCUCGAACCUGAUCGUGGUGUCCCUGCCAGCGCUGUACCACACAGCCAUGCACAACUGCCAUGUCAUGUCCCCUGCUGCCACUGUGGGCCUCAACUAUACGCUUCAGGCCGACAAUUGGAUCUUGCUGGACCGCAAGGAGUCACUGACUGGCUACAUUUCCGUCAUCGAGAGCCUUGACAAGGGGUUCCGCGUCAUGCGCUGCGAUCACUCGCUCCUUGGAGGUGAAUGGAUGAAGGUCAGGCCUACAGAUCCUCGUGUGGCUGAGCCCAUCUAUGGCGUUUUUGUCAUGCUCGAGGCUACCCGCCUUGUCGAGGUCACAGCCCCUAUUCCUGACAAUGAGGCCAAAGCUCUCGUCAUUGGCCUGGGUAUUGGAACGACGCCAGCGGCUCUCGUCGCGCAUGGCAUUGAUACGACUGUCGUGGAGAUUGACCCAGUGGUCCACGAAUUCGCUUCCAAGUAUUUUCAACUGCCCAAGAACCAUACAGCGGUUAUCGACGAUGCCGUCAGCUACACAGCUUCUCUUGUCAACGAUGCGGAAGCUCAGUACGACUACAUUGUUCACGAUGUCUUCACCGGCGGCGCCGAGCCCAUCCCUCUUUUCACUCUGGAGUUCCUCCAGGGACUGAGCUCCUUACUGAAACCCGACGGCGUGAUCGCCAUUGUGAGUGAUGAAACCCGCUGUCUGGCCCCCCCGAAAGCACAUGCUGACCAAUCUGAGAACUACGCCGGCGAUUUUGUUCACCCAGCUCCAAGGAUCAUCGUUAACACCAUCAGGGAGGUGUUCCCUUCAUGUCGCAUCUUCCGCGAGUCGGCCGCUCCCGACGAAGAGACUUUGGCAAAAGACAAGAAAGAUUUCACCAACAUGGUCAUCUUUUGCAAGAAGACUUCAGGUGACAUCACGUUCAGGAGGCCCACAGAGAGCGACUAUCUUGGCAGCAGGUCUCGGCGAGCGUAUAUGAUGCCGCAGCACGAGGUGUUGGACGCCAACUUCAAACUCGGCGCUGAGGACGGCAUCCUCAGGAACAACGACACGGUUAAGCUGGCGCAGUGGCACCAGAAGAGCGCACUGGGUCAUUGGGAGGUCAUGCGUACGGUGCUGGACCCCAAGAUCUGGGAACUGUGGUGA